AUGUCAAAUUCAUCACAUACUUUGACUCAAUUUUUGCUCUCAAGAUUUACUUGUUUUUCAUCAUCAUCUGAAGAUGAACAUAGAGUUCGUAAGAAGAAAAGAAAAUUUCGUACAUCUAUAUAUACUUCAUUUGAACAAUUACCAAAUGAGUUACUCUUAGAGAUUUUUGAUUAUUUUACUCUGUUUGAUAUUUACACCAUGUUCUAUGAUAUAAAUAUACGUUUUAAUCAAUUGAUCGCUUUUUCAUGUGUACGAGGUUUCUCUAUUCAUUCUAUUAGAGAAAAUAAUCUCUAUCUCAAAUGCAUUUUACCUGAUAUUCCUUCAUCACAGAUAAAUACACUUAAAUUAUGGCACAAUAGUUCAUACGAACAAUUAAUUAAUAAAUUUCCAGUUAAUUUAUAUUAUGUACAUACUUUAGUCUUGAAACAACUAAAAAAUCUUUCAUUUCAUCAAUGUAGAGAACUACUUAAACAUUUUAAAUGCUUAGAAACAUUAUUUAUGAUUGACUUUCAUACUGCUAAAAUUGAUUGGCUUGAUGAUAAUAAUUGGAAAAAUCUUGUUGAUAUUGAUUUACCUCACCUUCAUUAUCUUGGUGUGCGUAUAUCUGUUAUAUAUCAUAAACAAAUAUAUGAUGAUGAUAAGGACAAUAUUAUUUAUAGUUUUACAUCCCGUUAUGGUCGACCUACCUAUCGUUUAUAUACAGGCAGUUUAUUAAAAAGAGAUCCAAUCUUGGAAAUAUGUUUGACCAUUGACCAAGUAUUUCCUUUACGAUAG